AUGCCAAUUCCGAUUCUGAUGGCCAUCGGGCCUACCGAGGCCAAAAAUUUGGAAGCCCUUGCCUCCUCCUUCCUUGUGAGGGACUGGCCACUCUCCCCCCAGCUCCCCCCUGAUCUCCACUCCCUUCGUCCAUCCUCCGCUCACUUGGCCCAUCCUCCACUCACUUGUUCCAUCCUCUGCUCACUUGCGCCUCCUGUUUUCAACGUUAAUGCAGUGGUUCACAUGGGUACCCUUGGUCCUGUCAAGCUUGGCAUUGAUCUGCCAUCCAUCUCUCAUCGGUAUUUCCUGCUCGAUAGGCUUGUUUGCUUGACAGAUAAUAUCCUCAAAGAUUGCUCUGGACCAGCGGCUUGUUUGCUCAACAGAUAA